CUUUUUACGAAUUUUUACAACCACCAAAUCACUUCAAUAUCAUCAGAAUAAUUGCUCUUACUGAACUUACUAUAUCAUCAUGGAUCAUCAACAGACUUCAGAACAAUCGCUUCCCAGCAAGCGCAUCUAUAUUGGAAACCUGCCUUACGCUGCGCAAGCCGAAGAUGUGGAACAAUACCUGGAGGAAGCCGGAUUCCAAAUCGAGCGUCUGGAUAUGGCUACCGAUCCUUUCACGGGUAGGAAUCCCUCAUACUGCUUUGCAGAGUUAUUCUCGGUAGAAGAGGCCGAGAGAGCUAUCAGUUCGCUUCCCGGAGCAAGCUUCAUGGGCCGUCCGCUCAGAGUCAAUGUGCACACCCCCAAAACCCGCGGCGCAAAUGGAACAAGCACUCCCUUGCGUACUUCUACCAGAUCUCCCUUCUCUGCUGAGCGCAGCUGGCGAGGCACUCCUUCUGCUUCCAAUGGUGCCGAAACUCCUUCAAAGACUGGCGAACGUGAUUCCUAUGUUUUCAACCGUUGGGAACGCAAUGAUGCCUCAUCCCACUGGACUGCACCUCUGGAGAAUGGACGCAGACUCUACGUCGGAGGUCUGCCGCGAAUGGAUGGUCAGGAGACCGUCCAGGAGGAGAUGAAGGCACUCUUCAGCGACUACCCGAUCGAGGCUGUUAGCAAAAUCAUCUCGCCUCACGAGUCCACUGCAAGUCUGCCUGGCGAUCAUCACUACUGCUUCGUCGACUUCCCCACUACUGAGGAUGCGCAAGCGGCUGCUAAGGCAGUGAAUGGAGCCACGACAUCUACUGGAAGCAAGCUCAAGGUCAACAUGGCUAGAGAGAGAUCCAACAGAAAGGUCGUCGUAGAGCAAGGCCUGGAACAAAAGUCUGAACAGAAGCCCGAGCAGAAACCUGCACCAGUCAGAGAUUUCAGCUCAAGCUGGCGCAGAGCCAACUAGGAGAUACGGGGGUUCUAGACAUUUGUGUCUCUUUCGAACCAGACAAGAAGGUGGACAUCAGUUGGACUAAGUGGUUGCGCUAAGAAACAGCGACAGGAAAGAUCAGGCUGGGAAGGUGGUUGGUUUAAUUCUUGAUGUUUUUUUCGUCAGUUUCUUGCAUCGAUACCCCCCAUUGCAAGCCACGGAGCUUUGAUACACGGUUCAUUCAUUUUUUCGGAGGAAGAGCAGGGUUUUAAGAGAAGAUUGGAAAUUCGUUCAAUUCCACCAAAAGCUCAUGCUGAAGCUAGUGCUAAGACUUUCCACAUAAUGCCACCAUCCUACAGGGAUGUACAAACACUCUCCUGGUCCCAGAAC